CUGCAAGAAAGCAUUGAUUAACCACAUCACUUUAAAUUGAUACCCAGAGGAAAUUGGGAGCGAAAUAAACAGUCAACCAAACACAAAACUUUUGAAAUCGAGGUCCAGACCUACGGGUAGGGCUGCAAAAUUUUAUGGGCCGUCCCACUCCUUAGCUAGGGAUAUCCACUUUCAUUUCGACGGUGGUGUUCCCACCACGAACCUAUAUCAGAACCACCAUCAUUUCCUCGACAUCUUUUGAAGAACAAUUCCAAUUCACAAGCUUUGAGUCAUUCACCCGUGGAUCGCGAACGAAAGUAUGGACUCCUCAGCAGAGAACAGCAAGGAUACCAGCAAGAGGGCGUCUCUCAGCUCCCUCCCACUGCCAGCCUCUCAGUCAAAACCCACAAAAAAUGCCGAAUACCUUUCAACUCUUGUCUCAAAAGACCAUUCUGAUAUUCCCAUGAUACUGUGCUGUCUCGUGUCCGGUCUUUGCGAUAGUAGUUCAUACAAUGCAUGGAGUUGCUUUGUCAGCAUGCAGACUGGAAACACAAUCUUCCUAGCUCUCGGUGCAGCAAAUCUUCCUGUCGGCCAUCCUUACGGCUGGGCAAAAUCCCUCAUCUCAAUUGUCGCCUUCAAUCUAGGUUGCAAUUUUUUCGCCACAGUCUUCAAAACCCUGGAUCGCGGGCACCUCUCCCUGUCUUUCGCAUUUCAAGCAACAUGCAUUUUCAUUGCUGCAAUCCUCGUUCAAACAAAUGUUGUACCUCCAGCACAUACGGAUUCAGCCGGUCACAUCGCUGAUGUGAACUUUCUCGAACUGAUCCCGCUGAUCUUCCUCGCAUUCCAAAGUGGGGGCCAAAUCGUGACCUCCAGGUUGCUUGGCUUGAAUGAGAUCCCGACAACGGUUCUGACGAGUGUGUACUGUGACCUGUUUUCAGACCCGAAUAUUCUGAAGAAAUCAAAUGUGAAGCGAGACCGAAGAGCUGCGAGUGUGGUGUUUUUGCUUGUUGGUGGGUUGGCAGGGGGCUGGAUCAGUCGGACGGCGGGCUUGUCUGUGGUGUUUUGGAUUGCAGGUGGAAUCAAGGCUGUGUUAGCUGUUGCGUGGAUAUUCUGGAAGGAGAAGGAGACGUUGGCUUGAGGGCGACUUGGUUUUUGCAAUCAGUUUCUGGGAAGGGAAUUACCGCAGGAGUUGUGGUCACAGAUCAUGGGUGAGGAUAAAACAAAUACCAUUUAGAUAAGAACCAUAGAAUUAGAUCAGACGAAGAUUGGGGAUUGUAGAAUAGAUCAAUCAGAAAGAGACAUCAGAUAGAGCCCACCAAAAGUAUAAUCAGACUUCACAUUUCAGCAGCCGGUGCACCAACUUGGCCACACACGAAGG